AUGAUCCACUACAACUGUACAACUUCCAUGAAGCCACAAGACUUGCUCCUAGGGGACGGUGUGGUGCAUAAUGGAAAAGUAAAGGAGUUGAGGAAAGUGUACCACAAGGCGGGAGAGGCGAACUGUCGCUCCGGUGCUGCACCCCAGACCUGCCAUUUUUAUAAGGAGUUGGAUGGUAUCCUAAGUGGCGACCUUACCUCCACUGCAAAAAGCACCAUGGAUACUUCAGUGGGUCUGGAGCUGCUGGAAAGUGUAUCUAACCCAGAGGAGGAAGUCAUUGAUGAAGAGGUGGAGUCUGAAGAUGGGGAACCCCAUGAUGUGUCCAGUCAGGUGCAGUUCUGUACUCCAGAAGUGUCUAGCCAGUCUCUCCAGUCGCUCUCAGGUGAGACAGAAGCAGGAGAGCAGACCCCUGAUUUCACCUUGAGAAACAACCGCCCUACAGCAGCAGAGCAUCUGUGCAAGAUAGGAAACUGGCUGAGACGGAACACGGAAGAUAUGUUCCAGAUCAUGCUGCAACAGUCAGAGGCUGAAAACACUGAACACAAGAAGUGGAGGGAAAGUGAAAAGCGGGAAAGAGAAGAGAAGGAUACUUACAACAGGGAUGCCACAGAGAGGCUGAUUUAAAGUUAUGGAUUGUCAAACCGACAUGCUCCAGACUCUCAUAACAUUGCAGACUGAGCAAAUGUGUGCCCGCCCUCUCCCUCACAGCAUUGUAAACUCUUUCCCAUGCACUCCCCAAACUCCCCCUGUGCAUUCCUUUCCACCUUCUGGCACUUUGCGCUUUCCUCUACACUCCACCCCCGCAGACAGCUGUUCCAAUGAAAGCUGGACCUAUACUCAACUAUGAAAAUCAUCCCCCUUCCCAAUUCUCCCUCCGCCCCCCACAACUGUGUAGAUGGCUGUGUGUGUCUGUGUGUUGGUGUGGUUUUUCUGUCAAUAAAAGCAGUGUUUUUAUUAAUAUUCUUUCUUUAUUUUCCCCACAAGGGAUGAUACCUCAUGGCACCAUGCAAAUCAACAUUUUUAUUAGUCCCUUGCAUUGAAUCCUAGGCCUUAACAAUCACAGUUGCUUCAUAGGCUACCAGAUUUAAGUAAUCAUUACAGUCCCAAGCAUAGCAACAACCAUUACUGGUUUUCUUGUUGGAAGUGUUGUUUCAAGGCAUCCCUGAUUCAUACAGCCCCACGUUGCGCCCCCUAAUAGACCCGAUAUCUGGCUGCUCAAAAUCAGCAGUUAUAACCAUUGGACUAUUUUCCUUGCUCAGGUCUAGCCUUCAUAUAGGCAUCACCAGUGCACCUUUAAGUAGCCAAAUGCACAUUCAACAGUCAUUCUGCACCUACUCAGCCUGUUGUUGAACCGCUCCUUACUGCUAUCUAGG